AUGGGUGUGAUAUCCGAACUGUCGAACAUGGUGAACGUGCGUGAAGACGGCCUCCGGCUACUGAUAUCCAUCGUGCUCGGCUACCCGAUCUCCGCCUUUUACCGUUACUUCAUCUACAAUUUGAAGCCCAAAACUCAACACAUAUUCUUCACGACAGUCGGUCUCUCCUUACUCUACUUUAAUUGCGGCCUAGCCGUUUGGCAUUUCUUGUUGAGCAUUGUUUUGGCCUACUUCCUUACCAACUUUAUUCCCGGUACUAAGACUAGUGUGGCAUUGGCACACAUUUUCUUCCUGGGACACUUGUUGUUGGGGUACUGGAACAGUGCUACAGCACAGUAUGAUAUCACAUGGACGACGCCGUUCUGCAUAAUGGCUUUAAGGUUUAUCGCGUUGGUUAUGGAUUGCUUUGAUGGGCAGAAGCCUAGGGUAAGUAGUGCUUUAGAUAGAUGCACAGUAAAGUUUUUGUUGCUUUUAAUUCAACCGUACAGCUAAUUGUUGAGGUGGUAAUACAAAGCAUAAUGCAAAUUUUAAGUUAUUUUAUUAACUUAAACUAUUUUCAAUUUCAGCACAAAAGGAAAGGUGACCAAUUGGAACUAGCCAUCGAAGACCCUCCAACUCUCCUAGAAAUUGCUUCUUUUGGCUUAUUUUACGGUGGUACUCUAGUAGGACCAUUGUUCUCGUUUAACAGGUUUCGCCGUUUCGUAAACGGUGAAUUCUUGGAGAAUGGAGAAGUAAAGGAAUCCAGCCUAAUGGAAGCCUGUCGACGAUUUGUUGCUGGUGUAACAUAUGCAGUUCUUCAUCAAUGGGGAACUUUGUGGGUUCCAGACAGUUAUUUCAACAGUCAAGAGUUCUUUGUAAGUUGAAUCUAUGUUAAUAUUGAUUUUUUUGUGUUUAGGACUUACCUUUCCAUUGGAAGAUCAUCUGGAACACAAUAUGGUUCAGAGCCACUAUGUACAGGUAUUGCAUGUGUUGGUUGUUGACGGUAAGGGCUUACUUUAAAUCUUGAGAGUAUUUAAAUUGUUUAAGCUGCGUUUAUUGGUUUAUGUUCCCGUUUUUAGUUUUUAUAGUAUUAGUUUUAGCUUUUAUAUUGAUAUAGGAAGGAUCAAUAUAGUAUUUUUUGACUUACAGUCAAAUAUUUUAUUAUAAAUUGCUUUAUUUUAGGAAGGGUCAUGCAUCUUGGCUGGUUUGGCUUACAAUGGAAAAAACGAAGCUGGUGAGGACAAGUGGGAUGGAGUUCGUAAUGUACAUAUUGUAAAAUGGGAACUUGGAAGCGACUUCCAAUCUGUCAUCGACUCGUUUAACUGUGGUACAAACGACUUUGCCAAAAAGUAUGUUUUACCACAAGGUUUAAAUCAAUUUUUUUCUUACUUUUACUAAAAUAUUAUUGAAAUUUUAUUUUUUCUGUUUAUAAUUGUGCUUUUUGGACUUGAUGGCACUCUUUAAAUUUAGCAAUGUUUAAAAGGCUUUUUCGACACAAUGCCAACAUCUGUAUGUGUAAUAUUAUAUUUAUUUCAGCUACUUGUUCAAACGACUACGAUGGCUGGGAGGCAGAAUUUACAGUCAAUCGGCUACCCUAUUCUAUUUGGCGGUAUGGCACGGAUAUCAUUUGGGAUACUUCUUGCUAUUCGCUUUUGAAAUGGCAUGCAUGUUUGUCCAAGGACAGGUAAGGAGUUUUUUCGUAAUUACUGGAAAAAUUUAGGUUUAUUGUUGUUGUUAAUGCUUCAUUUUAUAACGACUAUAAUUUAACUUUCUACAAAAUUUACGCUUUCAGUUGUACGAGCUUCUUCGACGACUACCCCACGUCCAGGAAGUCCUCAGCCGACCGUACGUUUGGCCGUUCUGCUGGCUGUUCGGCCGAAUUACAAUCAAUACUUCGAUGGCGAUGGCUUUCUUCACUUUUGGUCUGAUCAAGAAAGAGGUCUGGAUCAAACCGCUGCUUUCGAUGUACUGCUACUGGUACGUGAUCAUGUUCUUCUUGGCCCCGUUGACAUUGACCAUUCUUCUGAAGACCGUACCCAAACCCAAAUCUCACAAGACAGAGUCACAAAUUUCAAAGAAGAGCGAGUAA